GUUACGAUAUUGAAGGUAUCAGUUUUGGAAUGAGAAGAGAAUCUGAAUUACCAAUCCUUCCACAACCUCCAUUUCAGAUUCCACAUCCAUCACACCCACCUCAAAAUCCAAUUGGGUUUAUAGAUUAUAGCAAGCCAGUUUGCUAUGAUUCAUUGGGCCGCCCUUUAUAUGCUCAUCCUCCAGCUAUUCCAUUUCCGUCUAAUGUUCCGUUUACUCCGGCCACUUCAUCGAUUCCGCCAAUCCCAUCCAUCCCAUCGAUUCCGCCCAUUCCAUCAAUCCCAUCGAUUUCGUCAAUCCCACCCAUCCCGCCAAUUCCACCCAUCCCACCGAUUCCAUCAACUUCAAGAUGUGACUCCGAGUUUAAUUACAACCAAGGGUUUCAUCCUAUUAUCAAAGGGAUUUCCACCUUUAUUCGUGCAUUCACUGGUACUAGCGAAUCAACAACAUCAAAGUUCCUAUCCAAGAGCAAUUCAAAGAGUGUAACUCAUUUGGUUCGAAGCGAUAAUUUCAGUUGGACAGGUGCAAGACAUUUGAAUUUAAGAUUCAAAGACAACAUGGUUUCAGAGCUUACCAUCAAUACCGUAGAUUCGGAUAGUACCAAUCUCGAUUCAAUCAAAUUUUCAUACAAGCUAAACUCAUCCAACGAGUUUUUGCAAGACGAUUUAGUUGUGGAUGCUCAGGUCAUUAGCGAUCAUCUCGAACUUGUUGUUACACCACCUGCAUCAGUUCCUUCAACUGACAAGCUCAAGCUAUUUGCAACCAUUACGCUCCCCACUUCUCUUGCAACAGUAUUGA